CUCCAACUUGUUCUCUCCACACAAACCACCCAUAAAGGGAAAAGUACAGAAAUGUUCUUCAAGCUAAUAUCGCUGAUUCAAUAGAAGGUCCUUUUCUAAACAUUUCAAAGCCAAUCUAAAUAUCUGCUCUCUAGAUAUACAAUAGCAUUUUUUUCUGUGACAAUAGUGUAAUCGUUUUAAAAUCAAGAUUGAACAAGUAUCGAAUUGAUUUAUUUUGUGGUUGGAGUAUCCAUAGUUUCUUAAACGUAAACACAAUUUCAAUGAGAUCACACACUGUGACAGAAACCUAGGGCCAGAGAAACCUAGGGCCAGAGAGACAGAGAGUGACAGAGACGAAGUCGGUUUGACUCACUUUGUUAACCUCUUUAAUUUUAAUGUGACACUAAUCUGCAUAACAUCUCGUGCAUUCAAAAUAGUGCAAAAGUCAUUAGCAUUGUAAACUGAAUUGAACGCUCUCAAUCUUUCCUGCACAUCUGAUUUGGUGACAGAAAAACAUUUUUCUCAAAUGUCCCCGUGAGUCAAAUGUAAAACUAGUGCUGAGAAGUAGAGAAACAUUUGAAUAGACUAAACAUGACCACCCGAUGGAAAUGCUUCGGUUGGCGCAUUGCUUCUGAACAGGAGGACACUAAGGUUGAGACCCCAAACGACGCAGAAGUUCAAGAGAUAUUGGAUGCUAUAAAACGUGUUAAGGUGAAGCAAACCAAAGAACCUUCAAAAAAUUGCCAGAACAGAGCAGGUCUCUCUGAGCUCAAAAAGUUUAAGGAAAAAUACAAGGACAGAGUGAAUAUCGCGGACCGUCUCAGAAAAGGGAGAGACUACAACGAAGAUAGCCACGACACGCUUCUCCACGCUGCAGCUCUUUAUAACGACGAUGAUGAAGUCAUCAAAAUGCUGAUGACCUGUUGCCCAGACCUGAUCAACAUUCCCAGAACAGGCCGUUACGAGGGGCAAACCGCGUUGCACAUCACGCUCUCUCGGGGCAAAAUUAAAUUAUCUGAAGCUAUUUUGAAUUCCACUAAAAACGAGAGGGAUGUAUUAUCUGCUAAAGCCAGGGGGUCAAAGUUCAAAAAGACUAUAAUGUUGGGAGAGACUGUUCUCUCGGUAGCAGUACUGUCUCUGGAUAAAGAUUUGGUCGAUCUUCUACUAGGAUACCGCGCUCCAUUGGAUGAAGUCAACAGAAAGGGGGACACUGUGGUUCAUUCCUUAAUUCGCUACGCAGCACUGGAUACCAGCAACAUCCCGAAAGUUAUUGCAAUGCUGAAACAUCUUCAUGACCGAGGAUUUAAAAUUCUACAAGGAGAACACGAGAGUCUUCACAAACUAUGGUUCAAAGAGAACAAUAUGAAACUGACUCCACUGAAGCUAGCAGUCAAAAAGGGACUUUUCGACCUCGUCAAGACAAUGUUAAAAAUGAAGAAAGUAUUUUGUUUCAAUUUACCUUUAAGCGGAAGUCUAGAUUCUACAUACUACGAUAUCACAGAAAUUGACCCGGAAACGCAAAGCUUGUAUUCUAAAAAAGAGGAAGAAAAGUCCUAUUCUUUUCAACACAGCCACGAAACAAAAUCAGUAACGUGUUUCCAGAGACUCCGCUCCUAUUUCAUUCAGCCUCAAUCAGUGGUUGAAAUGAUGAGUACAUUAAAGUUCACUCAGGUUCAGCAGUUGAUUGACAUUCAGAUCAUCAAACUUGUCAUCACUAAACGGUGGAAGAAUUGCAAAAAACUAUACAAAGCCUUUAUAGUGCUGCAUCUGAUUGCAAUAAUACUACUGACAACAUCAGCAUAUUACCGAAAAUAUAUAGUCCAUACCCAAAAGUGUAUGAAUACGAAAACUGAUUGCGCCAUUCAAGAAUUGUACGCUUACGUGGUUCCGUGGAUUCUCAUGGUUUAUGGACUAUUUCUUCUUUUGACAAGACUUUUUAGGCGGUCAAUUUUCAGAAAAGGUUUCUGGCGGAUAAAACGCCAUAAUAAUUUCUUAUACACAGUGUGUCUGAUAUUGUUUUCUGUUGGUCUUAUUAUCGACUUCUUGUUAUAUGUCAAUCAUAAGGACAGCAACGACGUGUUCGUUAUAAAUCUUCUAUGUGGAUCUUGGUUCUUUUUCUUCUUCCUACGUGGGUUUAAAAUGUUUUCCUAUUACACCGUCAUCUUUCACACCAUUAUUUUAGGAGAUUUGGUUCGUUUCGGGUUAAUCAUUUGUAUAGAAUUCACAGCUUUUACGUUUGCGAUGUACAUCAUUCUGACGGGACAUGACAGCGUGGAGGAGUUUAAUACGUUUGAGAACACCACUUUAACAAUGUUUGGUUACAUGCUGGGAUUGAAAGAUUUGGACUUGCUUCGGGACGUGGACCUGGAAACUCAGAGGCUGGUAGCAGUGAUUUAUAUAAUCUUCAUCAUCGUGACUUACUUAAUCCUUCUCAACUCUCUCAUCGCCAUGAUGACCCGCACCAGCAGCGCCUCGCAUGUGGAACAGAAGCUGAUGACGCUGCUUCAGAGGUCUUCGGUGUCUCUGUUCUUUGACGGCGUCGUGUUCUUUUAUAACACUGUUUACGACAAAGCUGUUGGCCGCAGUGCUGUUGGCGACUAUCGCCUCGUUGAGAACAGAUUCUACAUGGCCAUGAAGAAAGAACAGAUGCGGAAGAUCAUGAGCUCGAAGCAGAUCCAAGAAAACGUAACUCUUAAAGAUUUGAAGUACGAGUUAUGUAAACUUGCCAAGGAAAUUGAGAGAAAGAACAAAGGUAACAAUGCCGAGAAGAGUGACGACAAGAGCCAAAGUAACAAAGCCAUGGAGAUUGACGACAAGAGCCAAAGUAACAAAGCCACGGAGAUUGACGACAAGAGCCAAAGUAACAAGGCCACGGAGAUUGACGACAAGAGCCAAAGUAACAAAUCCAUGGAGAGCCCCAAGAAGGAAGAAAAAAUAGUAAAACAAAGGAAGUCAUGCGAGAAGUCGGAGGUUCACUUGGAUAUUUAUGACUUGAAUUAAGGGAUGUUGCAAAGAAAACAGGUUAAGACAUUCAACAACUAUUACUAUAACUGAAACAUCAUAUAAUGGAAAUUAUUUUUGUUAUUUUCUAAAUGAAGGAUUAAAAUGUAUGUACAGAACAUAUGGUACAGACUAAACAGUACAUUUUUUUAAAUAAUCAAUAGUCUUAGAAAAUACAAUAACAGAAUUGAAAACUAUAUUGUCUUUUAAAUAUUAUAUUGUAUUAUAUUUAUAAUUAUAUUGUAUAAUUUCUCAAAAGUUUAACAAAAAAGUUCUUAACAUUUGUUUGUAGUUGCAUUUUAUUUGAAUUUCUAUAAGAUAAAGUUAUAGAUACAGUUUAAAGUAUUUUAUUUUGUUCCUUAGAUAAAUUUGUAUUUCUUUUGAUUCCUUAGAUCCAAAUUUUAAAUAUUUCUGGUUAUUGUUGUUUAGAUAAACUUCUAUCAUUAAGGGUCAAGAAAUAUAUACAAAUUAAUUUACAUAUAAAAAAAACAAAACCCAAUGAAAUACUUAGACACAAAGAUAGAGGCAUAUUUCUUAUUCCAUACGCUAGAACGAAUUCGUAUAAGCGCUCCUUCUUCCGUAGUUCCAUUAGAGAAUGGAAUGGGUUGCCUGAGUCAGCCAGGAAAAACCAACAACUUAGCAGAGUUUAAGUCAUUGACUAACAUGCAUGACUAGAUUGACACGUGACAUGCGUAAGACGUUGUUAUCUUCUUUGAAGUACGUAACGUAACAUAAGAACAAUCCAGAAAGGUCUUUUAAGGGUUAACAUAUGCAACUAUCAGAGUCCCCUUGUUCAUUGGUAAGUAGUUAUAGAUCAUUAGUAUUUUCGGUGUACUUCUGAUGUUAUCAUAGUACAUUAUUCGUCAGUCAAAUUAUUAUAAUAUCCAUAUAAUUUGUAUAACUGAUUUAUGGUUUAUGUGGAUUUGUUAAUUACUAAAUUACCUUUUUUUUUUUAAUUUUUUUUUACAAAGCUUUUAUCAGCUCUGUCUGUCUGGCAAAUCGUUGGUGCACGUGAUUUCUCCCACACCCAAUCUCCAAUCAACUAGAAAUUUUGCACAAUUAUUUCUUGUACCUGACAAAACAAUAAUCAAUUUUUAAAAGUUUAACCAUUAAAUUACUUUGUUUGGUAUCGAACAAGGGAAAGAAAUAGUAUAUGACUGAUAUAUUUGUAUAAGUUGAAUUAGCCCCUUACCUCCCUUUUAAGAAGGCUUGAGCCUUGAGUUCAAAUUCAAGGCGUGCAAUUUUUUUUUCUACAUGCAUUUAAAAAGCGAUCACGGUAAAUUCACACAGAUACACCCCCCCCCCCUUUCUUCUCCCCUUUCCCAACAGGUCCAGACAAUUGAUAGGUUCAUAGCGCACUGAGAGAGCUAAAAGCAUGAAGCUUAACAAAAUAAAAUCGGUAAUAAUAUUUCUAAUCGCACAGAUGUAUUGUUGUUGGUCUAGAUCUAUUGCACAUAUAAUUACAGGACUGAUCCAAACUGAUCCAAUUACACUUGGUAUAAGCUUUGUUUGUUUGUUUUUAAGUAUUUUUUUGUUUUUCUUGUUUCAUUACUGCUUUAAUUACUUGUUUAGGUAAAUUGAGUUCAAAGACAUUAAACUCAUGAAAAAUAUA